UUAUUGAUGUAUUUUUAUGAUUCAUUAAACAGGUCCAACAAGACGUUGGUGGUUCUAGUAAUGGAGAACCGAUCAUUUGAUCACAUGCUCGGAUGGAUGAAACGAAUCAACCCACAGAUUAAUGGCGUCGACGGCACUGAAUCCAAUCUACUCUCCACCACCGAUCCCAACUCCCCUCGUUUUUUCUUCAAGGACCAAUCCCACUACGUCGACCCAGAUCCCGGCCACUCCUUCCAAGCCAUCCGCGAGCAAAUCUUUGGCUCCAACGACACCUCCGCCGUCCCUCCGCCGAUGAACGGCUUCGCCCAGCAAGCCUUCGCCAUGACUAACUCCACCAACAUGUCCGAAAGCGUCAUGAACGGCUUCAACCCCGAUAUGGUCGCAGUCUACAAAUCCCUGGUCACUGAGUUCGCCGUCUUCGAUCGGUGGUUCGCGGCGGUCCCGUCCUCCACCCAGCCCAACAGACUCUUCGUUCACUCUGCAACCUCUGGUGGCGCCACCAGCAACAAUCCAAGCCUACUCAUUAAGGGGUACCCACAAAGAACAAUCUUCGAAAACAUCCACGACGCGGGCCUUUCGUUUGGAAUUUACUUCCAAAACAUCCCGGCAACACUGUUCUACAGAAACCUAAGGAAGCUCAAGUACUUAACCAAGUUCCAUCCAUACGAUUUAUUCUUCAAGAGCCAUGCGAAGGCCGGGAAGUUGCCGAAUUAUGUAGUGAUUGAGCAGCGAUACAUAGACACGAAGUUGUGGCCGGCGAACGACGACCACCCGUCGCACGAUGUGUAUCAGGGACAGAUGUUUGUGAAGGAGGUGUACGAGACGUUAAGGGCGAGCCCGCAAUGGAAUGAGACGUUGCUUGUGAUUACGUACGACGAACACGGUGGGUUCUACGACCAUGUGCCGACGCCGGUGACAGGUGUACCUAGCCCGGAUGGGAUUGUUGGGCCGGAACCAUUCUUGUUUCGGUUCGACCGCCUCGGAGUUCGGGUUCCUACUAUCAUGGUCUCACCUUGGAUUGAAAAAGGGACUGUUGUUCAUGGCCCCAAUGGGUUUCCAUUCUCUACAUCAGAGUUCGAGCACUCAUCCAUACCUGCAACAGUGAAGAAGCUUUUCAACCUCCCCUCUCCCUUCUUAACCAGAAGGGAUGAAUGGGCCGGCACUUUUGAAGGCAUCGUCCAGACAAGAACCGAACCCAGAACUGAUUGUCCAGAACAAUUGCCAACUCCGGUCAAGAUCAGGCAAGGUGGGCCGAACAAAAAUGCGACACCAAGUGAAUUCCAACAGGAGCUGCUACAGCUUGCAGCUGUGCUGAAAGGUGAACACAUCUUGCCAACUUAUCUUGAACAUAUUGGAAAGCAAAUGACUGUGAAGGAGGGGAAGAAGUACAUGGAUGAUGCCGUCAAAAGCUUCUUCGAGGCAGGAUUUUCUGCAAAAGGAAUGGGUGUGGAUGAAGAACAAAUUGUGCAAAUGAGACCCUCCCUCACCACUAGAUCCUCUUCAUCUUUAUUUUUGAAUCCUUAA